AUGUUUCUUAGCAAAGUUAAAGAGAUUGAAAGUAAUAUUGAUAAUUUAACACAUGUCAAUGGCUUCAAAAAAAGACAAGGCGGAAAGGGUUCAAAACGUAAGAAAGGUUGGGUCGAAACUAAACUUACCGAUAGAAAGAAAAAUGGUGGUCCAAGUACAUCUCAGAUCAAUUUCAAUACUGAGACGUUAAAGAUUGUUGAAAGUAGGAAAAAUGAAAAUUUAGGUGGUUCGCAAAGACAAUUGCAAUAUGAGGGGGUCGAUAUGAACGCGCAUAUUUGGCUCAAUGAUGCAUACAACAACAUGAAAAAGAGUGAAACUUUAAGUUCAUUUGGUGACACAAGUUUUACUAGCUUAUUGACGGUAUGA